GGUCACGGUCGGCCCUGUGUUGUGUACUGGCUGUAUUGUUGCCGUGCUGCCAUCAGUAAGAGUUUACUUGUGUGCCUGUCUGUGCUGCUUUUUGCUUGCUGCUUGCUGCCAGCCACAGACUGCGGAGAGUCUCGCAAAAGCUGCCGAUGCGUCGCGGUGUGUGUCCGUCGAAGUCGUCGUCGUCGUCGUCGUUGAGUGUCGAAUCCAAGUCAGCCUAGUCUGCUGUGUCUGGGCUUCAGAAAUUGUAAGAGGAGAACACAGUCAGGCGACCAAACUAACUGCAGUUUGAUGCAACGCAAACGCCGCUAGCGCAGAGCCCAGUUCCGAAUUGUAUCCUGUGGUAAAUCAAAGGGACCAACCCAACCCCGUCGUGGUUCUGCCGUUCGGAAGUGUGUGCUGCCAGUAUCACAGAGAGGUUAGUUACCCAGCCAGUGCAGUGCGCGGUGAUGAAAGGCGAAAAUGUUAGUGCAGCAGCAGCAGGCCGCGGAGGUUCGGAAACUUCCAGCCAACUAAAUUAAUCUAGAGGAGUUGUGUUAUUCCGUCGAUCCGAAAUUCUAGGGGGCCAACUAGUUGUUGCUUGGAAGUGCAUAGUGGGCGAUAUUUUCAGAAUCUGGGAAGGAAAAUUUGCAAGCCUAUCCUUGCCGAGUACAGCGAGCGAGCGACCAAGAGAGAGGGUGUAUUUUCCAAAGCGUGAAAAUUUUUUUUCGCCAGGGAGUGUGAGUUUUCCGUCGUUUAUUAGACUGAAGAACUCCAAACUUACCCGAAACAAGACUGGUGUACUUGUGUACGUGCAAUAUUCUACAAAGUGCGUGCGGAAAAGUCUGAGAGAGGACACCGUGCAGCAUUGAAGUGGAAAAUUCGUACCAAAAAAAAUAAAAACGACGGUAUUUUUUUCUCGGUGUUCGUUUUUCCACCAUACAAUCGCCGCAGUCUCAGAGGUUCACAAGUGGAAGUGAAAACUUUUCCCUCCCUGGGAAAGCCAGUGUGUGUGAGCGGGAACGAAGGAGAGCGAAAGAGUAACAUUUUCGGGAAGAAGUUAAUUGAAAAGUGAUUCAUUAUUGUUAUUAUUACUGGUAGAAGUUGGGACCACCUACCAAUCCACCCAAACCGCCCACCCUACGCCGGCGUGGAAGAUCAACUUGAUAAAAUCUCGCAUCAGAAAGGUUCAAAACCUUUGCAACAGAUCUAGAGGGUCUAUCUCUCUCGCGCUUCGUUCGAGCUAUUUCAAGAUCUCACCUAGUAUUUAAUAAGCCAUGACCAAAAAGUUCGAAUUUAACUGGCAGAUUCCAGUUCCGGAGGCGCUCAAAACUGGAUGCGUCUUCGACCGGUGGACCGAGGAGAAGGACAACAACGAAUUCGAGCCAGCAUGUAUGUUUAAGGUGGAUGAGUAUGGAUUCUUUGUGUACUGGAAGAGUGAAGGAAAGGAAGGUGACGUGAUCGAGCUUUGCCAAGUCAGUGAUAUUCGCGCUGGAGGGGUGCCAAAGGAUAUGAAGCUGUUCAAUCAGCUGGUCAACAAGCAUGGAGACCAAGUGGAGGAAAAAUCACUAACCAUCUGCUCUGGCACGGAUUACAUCAACAUCAACAUGCAGCACGUUGUCUGCCCGGAUGCGGCCACAGCCAAGCUAUGGCAGCAAGGUUUACGGGAAAUCACCCAUAACUGCAAGAUCAGUAACGUCUGUCCGAGAACCAAUCUAAUGAAGCAUUGGAUGAGAUUGGGUUUUCUGGUGGCUCCUAGUGGCAAAGUUCCGGUGAAAGUAGUAGCCAGGACAUUUGCAUCCGGUAAAACGGAAAAAUUAGUCUACCAAAUUCUGUCAGAUCUUGGGCUGCCAAGUGGAAAAAACGAUGCUAUCGAGAAAGCUGACUUCACCUUCGACAAGUUUUACGCGCUCUACCACAAGAUCUGUCCCAGGAAUGACAUCGAAGAGCUAUUCCGAGCAGUUACCCAGGGGAAAGCAGACGCUAUCAAUCUGGAUCAGUUCAUCAAUUUCCUCAACGAGAAACAACGUGAUCCUCGACUGAAUGAAAUUCUAUAUCCACUGUACGAUGAGAAGCGAGCACUCGAAAUCAUUAACACCUACGAGCAGGAUGAGAAAGCUCGAGGAGAAAAAAGCCUCACCAAAGACGGCCUCAUUCGAUACUUGAUGUCCGACGAGAAUGCGCCAGUAUUUCUGGACCGAUUGGACAUCUAUAUGGACAUGGACCAGCCGCUGUCGCAUUACUACAUCAAUUCAUCUCACAACACGUACCUGUCCGGUCGCCAGUUUGGUGGCAAAAGUUCAGUCGAGAUGUACCGCCAAACGCUGCUGGCCGGCUGCCGUUGCGUCGAACUGGACUGCUGGGACGGCAAGGGUGAAGACGAGGAACCCAUCAUCACCCACGGAAUGGCCAUGUGUACGGAUAUUCUGUUUAAGGACGUGAUAUAUGCCCUUCGGGAUACGGCGUUUGUUACCUCGGAUUAUCCUGUGAUUCUUUCGUUCGAAAACCACUGCUGUCGAACGCAGCAGUACAAACUUGCAAAGUACUGUGAUGAAAUUCUCGGUGAUCUGCUGCUGAAGGAGGCUUUGCCCGAUUAUCCGCUGGAACCGGGUGUUCCUCUACCGCCACCGUCAGCGCUAAAGCGCAAAAUAAUGAUCAAAAACAAAAGACUUAAGCCCGAGGUGGAAAAGCGCGAGCUAGAUCUCUUCCUGCAGGGUGAGCUCGUGGUGGAGGAUGAAAUCAAGGAGGACGCCAGUGCGGUCCGGAAGGCGGAACCAACCGAAGAGGCAGCAGCUGCUGCUCCGACGGCUGCCUCCACGGAAGGUGGUGAGGAAGUUCCGGCCGUCCAGUACACCGGUUCGACCACCAACGUCCAUCCGUGGCUGUCCUCGAUGGUCAACUACGCCCAACCGAUCAAGUUCCAGUCGUUCGAUUAUGCCGACAACAAAAACAUUCAUCAUAAUAUGUCUUCAUUUGCGGAAACUACCGGCAUGAAUCUUCUGAAGCAACAGGCCAUCGAUUUCGUCAACUACAACAAACGGCAAAUGUCCCGCAUCUACCCGAAAGGAACUCGAGCUGAUUCGUCCAACUACAUGCCGCAGGUGUUCUGGAAUGCCGGUUGUCAGAUGGUGUCCCUUAACUUUCAAACCUCCGAUUUACCCAUGCAACUCAAUCAGGGUAAAUUCGAAUACAAUGGCAAUUGCGGCUAUUUGCUGAAGCCAGAUUUCAUGCGACGAGCCGAUCGAAGUUUCGAUCCUUUCGCCGAUGCCCCGGUCGACGGUGUGAUUGCAGCCUCCUGUGCCGUACAGGUCAUUGCCGGUCAAUUCUUGUCGGAUAAGAAAAUCGGCACAUACGUAGAGGUCGACAUGUACGGUCUCCCUUCGGAUACGGUCAGAAAGGAGUUCCGAACUCGUCUAGUGCCAGCUAACGGUCUGAAUCCAGUCUACAAUGAAGACCCGUUCCUGUUUCGUAAAGUCGUCUUGCCCGAUCUAGCUGUGCUUCGAUUCGGAGUGUACGACGAAAACGGAAAGUUACUCGGACAGCGAAUCCUACCACUCGAUGGUCUGCAAGCUGGCUACCGGCACAUUUCACUCCGUACCGAAGCCAACUUUCCGAUGUCGCUUCCCAUGUUAUUCUGUAACAUUGAGCUUAAGAUUUACGUUCCUGAUGGAUUCGAGGACUUUAUGGAUGCGCUGUCGGAUCCGCGAGCCUUCAUGGGGGCCGCCAAAGAACGUUCGGAUAACAUGAAGGCUAUGGGCAUCGAAGAAUCCAGCUCCGGUGCAGCCGCCGAUGCGACCAAGGGUGCUAAAAAGGAGGAACCCACAGAACCCCCGCUGGUGUUCGAUCCAAUCACGGUCGAAUCCCUGCGACUGGAGAAGGGAUUCCAGAAGACGGCCAAGAAGCAGCAGAAAGAGCUGGAUAGCGUGAAGAAAAAGCACACCAAGGAGAGGAUGGGCGUGCAGAAGCAGCAGAAUGCCGCCAUCGAACGGCUGAUUAAAGGGAAAAGCAAAGAGGAAAUCAAAGCAGACCCCGCCAUCCGGAAGGUGAUCCAGGAGCAAAAUGCCCAGUGGAGCGAGAUGAUCGAGCGACACAAGAAGGAAGAGUGGGAUCUGCUGAAGCAACAGCUUGACGAUCAGAAGGAGAUUUUGCGCAAGCUGAUGGUAGAAACUCAGGCGUCGCAGAUGAAGCAGCUGGAGGCGAAGCACGAGCGAGACAUCAAAGCGCUGAACGCCCAGCAGGCGAAGAUUUCCGUUGAAACGUCAAAGGAGGUGGCGAACGAUAAGACGCUCAAAACCAAGGGCGAGAAGGACCGUCGGUUGCGCGAGAAGAAGCAGAACAACAUCAAGCGGUUUAUGGAUGAGAAAAAGACGGCCCAAAUCAAGCAGGGCAGAGAGAAGGAAAAGCUGAAAGUCACCCACGACAAACAGCUGGAGGAGCUGGACAGCGAUGUGCAGAAGCUUAUCGACAUGUACAAGAUCGACGAAGAGGAGUACAAGAUGACCAGCAAGAUGGAGUUCUACGCCUGAGAGUUUAUUACGGAGCACCCUGAGACCUCCUAAAACUACCGGCCGAACUGAAUUUUUAGAAGAUAGCAAGAGGCAAGAAGUAACUAAUUUAUUGCAACAGCAACAACAACAACCUAAACAACUUGAACAUCAAAGAUAAACACGUCUCCAAACAAAAAAAAAAACAAGAUUUGUGGAAGUAACUAUUAGAUUGUAUGAGUAUGAGAAACCCCAUAUUUUAGGAAAUUCUUACCGUGCUCCACAUAAUCAUGGCGAAAAUGUAUCAUUUUGAGCAAAAGAAUCUAGGAGAACCAAAUGAAUACAAAACAAUAAAGCGUAGUAUAUUAUAACUGUAAGAAUUGUGAAAUUAACAUUCACCGUAAAAUAGCAUACUUUAGCAGGAAACGAAACUGUAAAAGUGAGAUUAGUUGUUUCUACUAGCCAAUGUGUUUUUUUUUUUCUUAGUUAAAAACAUGAUUGGAAUCAAGCAGUCGCUCUGCUUUCUUUUCAUUAAAUAAUUAUGUUAUUUGCUUUGGCACUGUUAAGUUUCGAAAAACAUUCAAUUGCUGUUUUUCAUUGUCUAGUUGAAAAUAUAGCAAGUCAAUUAGGAAAAUAAAGGCUUAAUUUAUCAUAUUUUUGCUUUCAAAUUAGUUAAGAAGCAAUUUUAUUGUCACAUUCUUUGACUGCAAUCAAAAGUGUUUUGAAUUGGCAAAACAAAAGUAUUCCACCACCAUUGGCAGCAGGCUGAAAGUAAACUAAUUAUGAACACGAUAACCCCAAAGUAUAGAACAACACGGUAUAUCAAAUAUGUAGUACUUUUUAAAUUUACUGAUGAUUCUAACUGAUAUGAACGUUAUAAACUGACAAAACCAAAUUUUAAAGAAAGUUACAGCGCAAGCAAGCGUAGAUUAAGAAGACAACAAAAAAGUAUUCAACCAAAGUAGAACCACCCUCUCCCCACCCAGUGUCCUUCCGCAAAGUUCCUUCGUCUUAGUAGGUUAAUAGAGAGAAAAAAGCCCAAACACAAAAUCAUUCAUCCUUUCAUCCCUAUCUUCCUUCCUCUCUCCAUCCAAUCCUAACACAAGAAACUAUGAAAAAAAAACAAACUGCUGUUAGGAUUAAAGCAAACUUGACAUAAAAAGAAACUGAAACAAAAAUCAUGAGUGCCUAUAAUGCAAAACAAAAAUCAUCCCUACACUUUUUUACGUACCAUCGCCGACGCGCGUGUGAUUCUGAACCAAAUUUCUUUCGACACGAUCACUUUCAAUUGCACUCCCCCAGAAACAAGUCAAAACAAAAAAUCAAAAAACCUACGCAUACGCAUUCAGAACAAAACAUUCAACGAAGUUUUCCCCCAAAAAUUGUCAAAACAAAAUAGAAACAAAUUUUUCUGGACAAGAAACAAAAAACCACAUAUUCUAGUCGUUAACUUUUAAGCAAAACAUGAAACUUAUAUCUAACUGAUAGUUUAGCAUGUAACGAACUUGUGAUGAGUUCUACCACUAGCACUAGCGAGCAACUGCAAACACGUUGUUCCAAGGAGCAAAAAAAAGAAGAAAAACCUAAGUGAUUGGAAAUUUAGUAUUACCGUUUGAAACACGGAGAAUCAAAUCAAAUGUAGGGAGAGAAAUGCAGCAUCCUAAGAUGAUCAACCGAUUAUCGCAGUAAGAGAAAAGGAGAAAUAUCCAUUCCUUGUGUGUAGGUUGGCAAACUAAGCGGGGCAUGGAUCUCGUAUAUAUUGUUUAUCUCAUUUUUUUGUAAAACUCCAUCCUCAAAUCGCGAGAGAAAGCAAGAGAGAGAGAGCGAGGAAAAAAAAGUGAACCAAACGCAACUGUUGCACGAUAUGAUGAAUCGUGCUGGUAGAUCGUACGUUGCGGAGCACUUCUGGAAGCCAUAAUAAAAGUAACAUACUGUAGCGAAA